UGAGGAGUAAAUCACUUAGAAGGUUGGCAGUUUUUACAUUCAGGAAAUCAGUACUUAUUAUGGAUUUGAAAAAGCCAACAAAACAAAUGUUACAGUUGGGAUUGGAAUUAGUCAAAUUUCAUUGGUGGAUGCGUUGACCAAUCGUAGCUGAGAAACAUGGACAUCAUAAAUGAAUAUAAAGUACACCGAAUCUGUCUGUAUAACCAUUUACCUUUAUUUGUAGUGUUGCUCUCAUAGUGGAAGUUGUUUUAGUCAAUUUGAUUUGCUUUUUCUACAACAUGACUACUGAAUAUUCUCGACGAGUCCUACUACCAAUUGAUGGUAGUGAACACAGUAAACGUGCAGUAAAUUGGUACUUAAAAGAAUUUAGUCGUCCGGAUGAUUUGGCCUAUUUCUUUCAUGCAGUUGAACCACACUACUCCAAGUCUAUUUUAUCUGAUGUACACGAGACUCAUCAUGAGUUUACAACUAAUUUGGAUAGAAAUAUUAAAAAUUAUGCAGAACUGGGUAAAAUACUUGGUGAACAUUUGUAUAAAGAUUUACAGAAUAGUAAUAUUAAAUUGGAGUAUAUCAUGCAGAUUGGAACGAAACCUGGUGAAUUGAUAGUCAGUGCAGCUAAAGAACGAUCUGUUGAUGUUAUACUGAUUGGUAAUCGUGGUCUUGGAGCAUUACGACGGACAUUUCUGGGUUCUGUCAGUGAGUAUGUCUUACAUCAUUGUAAUAUACCGUUUAUUAUCGUUCCCCUGCUGCGAGUUAAUCAUAUUCUAAGAGUUGAUGAGGUUUCGUACAUUUUAUCGUUUUAUCUCUCUCUCUCUCUUUCUGAAUACUGAUCAAAUUUAUUAUUGUAUGUCUUUGUGUCUUAGUAUCCUAAAGAAAAACACAUCCAAAUUUGUCAAUUGAAUACCUUCUAAAAAUUCAGUUCAUUUAAAAUGAAAAAUUAUUAUUUUAUUUGAAAAAAAAUAUUGAUGUAGACUUGGUUAUGUAACUGGUAAUUCAGUUGAUAAGUGAAUUUUCUUUUGGUUAAUUAUCUGUAUAAAUUGAUGGGUUUCAGUUAUUCAUUCUUAUAUUUCUAUUCAUUAUUAUUACAAUAAAUUAUUUCACGGAAAA